AUGUCUCACACCAUUUUGCUGGUACUGCCUACCAAGAGGCCAGAAGGCAGAACUUAUGCUGACUAUGAAUCUGUGAAUGACUGCAUGGGUUACCGAGCUGAUACCCAGACAUACCAGCCUUAUAACAAAGACUGGAUUAAAGAGAAGAUCUACGUGCUCCUUCGUCGACAGGCCCAACAGGCCGGGAAAUAGUUGAGUUUGGAAGCGUUAGGGGGAUGGGGGUGGGCUUGGAACACAGGUGUGUACAGUGUGCUGUAGUAGAAGUUUUGUAUUAUAGUAAUCCUGUUUCCAUUUUGGUACACUCUGGCCAGGAUUGAAUGUAUUAGAUGAGAUAUGAGGAUCUCGUUCAAUCUGAAACCCCCUUUGCCCCCUUCUCUUCACUCCUUUUUUUUUUACUUAAACAUUUUUAUGAUGAUUUAGAUGGAAGUUGGUUUUUGUCGGUUAAUGUUGGUUCCAGUCCUUCAGACUGUUCAUAUCUGCUUUAUAACAUUCACUGUACUAACCCUUCUUCAGAUCAGGGUGGGGCUGGUGACGUGGUUUAGUUAUGUCCUCAAGACAAAGUCUUAGUGAGAAACAAAUAAAUGUCCUUUAGUUAUAUUUAAAAAAUAAAUAAAUAAAUAAAUAAAUAAUCCCCAAAGAGCCCUCCAAGAAGAAAUGAAAAAAAAGUUUCAGUCAUAAUAAAUUUAGCAUCUUUCAGAAGAACAGGGGGAAAAAAAAUAUCACAAAAAGCACAAUGAGAUCUCUUCAGAGGAUUCCUCUUAAGUGAGCCCAGAGGGAGCAGGAGAAAGCAAGUCAGAGGCUCUGGAUGGUCAGCCCUUCAGUAACUAAGAACCAGUGUUAUUUUGAACUUUGCAGGAAUGAUGCCAGUGGUAAAAAUUCAAACAGCUAGUUUGAGAGAGAUGAUGAUUACCUAGUCUUCAGCAUAGCGGCCACCACUCUCUCCAACAUACAACCCGUUUCUGAAGCUCUCAUACCCGUUUUGUAGAACAUCCUCAGAGAGAAGGCAGUGGACACAGCUUUAGGGGUGGCGGACCUGAACUGCUGCCGUUGUGAAGACAGGCUGGAGGCAGGAAGAACUGGCAGGGCC